AUGGCGGUUCGACGGUCCGCCCGCCUGCGCAGCCGCCAGGCCACCGAGCCUGAGGCCCCUGCCGACCCCGUCGUCACUGACAACAACGCCCCCUGCGACACGAACAAUCACAACAACUCCGAGAACACGUCCGAAAUCGAUACAACCAUGGCUCGUCUCGGCAAACAGCCGGAGAGAUUGCCUCCCGUCGUGGAGCACGAGGAGCCAGCUGAUGCUGCUAAGGAUGUCCCCGUGCAGCGGUCGCGGAAGAAGACCAAGACCGAGACCGCGUCUAAGAGAAGGUCCAAGGUUGAAGCUAAAGAGCCUGUUGCUGAGGUGACUCCGGUGAUCGCUGAGUCUCAGUCCAACACGGAUACGACUGAACCUGCCGUUGCUGAGACAGAAAAGAAGCCUACUCCCAAGGCUGUGCCUGAACCUGCUGUUGCUGAGACCGAAAAGAACCCUACCCCCAAGGCUCUACCUGAAACUGCCUCCAAGCUAUCGACUCCUAAGAAAUCUAUCCCAACUCUCAAGGGCACACCUGUCCACAGAAACACGCCCGUCCACAGAAGCACUCCCGUCCACAAAAGCACACCCACCAGAACCCCCUCCAGCACCCUCGUGCGCCCGUCCCACCAAGAAAUGCACCCCAGCAAGGUCCGCCAGAGCACCACCAAGCAGGCAGACUCCGGUUUGAUCCUGGGCUUCAAGCCCAUCAAGAAGGACGCCGAAGGCAAGGUGAUUAAGGACACUCUCGCCGACAACACUCCUACCAAAGCCAAGGCCUCACCCGCUCCCUAUUACGGCACCCCCGCGUUCGAAUUUAAGUUUUCCUGCGAAUCGCAGCUCAGUGACGAGGCCAAGAAGCUCAUGGAGACCGUGCGCGAGGAUGCUGCUAAGAUCAAAGCCCAGAUGACCCUGGAGCCCGACCAGAAUCGCGCUGAGGCAGCGGACCGGAAGAUCGUACAGCCCAAGGGCAAGGCCAGUCGUUUCAGCGACGUGCACAUGGCCGAAUUCAAGAAGAUGGACUCCAUUGCUGGUCAUGCGUCGGCUUUCCGUGCCACCCCAGGACGCUUCCAGCCAGUGGUCAAGACGCUCAAGAGAACCAACUCCAAGGCGCGUUUGGACGAAUCGGACCGCAACUCGCCAUCGCCAUCCAAGAUUGCACGUCCUUCACCUGCCAUUGUUGCCCCUGCUAGCAACAAACGCGUCAAGCAUGACAAGGCCGAUGAUGCAUCGACGCGUCGUCCCACUGCAGCCAGUCCUCCUAAGCCUGUGCAACCCCGGCCCAGAUCUACAGUGCGCAGCUCGUUGAUGACCCCGACGCGGUCCUCUGCGGCGCGUGCUUCUUCCGUUACCGCAAGACCGCCCCGCACCUCGAUGAUCCCAUCGCUCGUCCGGUCUCCUGCUGCGAAGCCGGCCGAUGUGCCGCGCACGCCUCAGACAGAGUUCAACCCUCGGCUGAAGAGCAACUUGCCCACUUUGGGUAACCUGAAGUCGAUCCUCCGCCGCCACCAGCCUUUGUUCUCCAAGGAUCCUUCUAAGAUUGCCGCGGGCACCCAUGUGGCUGCUCCCGACUUUACCUCGAACCUGCUGUUCGGAUCGCGAGGCACCACGGAGGAGCCUGCACAGACGCCGUCCCCCAAGAAGCGCGUGGAGUUCACUCCUAGUGUCAAGGCCCGCCACGAGGAGGUUAUGUUCUCGCCGUCUCCAUCGAAGGUUCCGGUUGCCAGUCCCUCGCGGACCACUUCCGACGUUGUCUAUCCCACCCUGCCGGUGUUGACUCCGGAGCAGAACAGGGUCAGCGCCAAGUCUCCUGCCCAAGCGACAACCCCGACCAUCCGCCAUGUCCGCCCGUCAGAUGUCCAUGCCAAUCCCCUGCCUGAGGUUGCAGGCGUGCCGCACGGAAUCGGCCACAAGAAGAGGACCCGUGAGAGUGGUGAAGACACCAAGACUAAUGAUCUCCCUGAGGUCGCGGGUGUGCCGCACGGCAUCGGCCAGAAGAAGAGAAACCGUGCUGCCCUCGAGGAUGAGACAGACACGGAGAAUGUGCCGCCUGUCGACUUGACCGCGGACGCGCGCAGUGCUAAGCGAAUGAAGAUGACCUCGCCCUCUCCGCUCAAGGCGCCCACUCUGAGUGCUCGCAAAGUUGCAGCCCCUAGCCCAACCAAAGCUGCGACUCCCAGUCCCACCAAGCCUCGCUCGCAUACUCCUCUACGGUCGGCCACGACCAGCCGCAUGAGCACUCCGGGCAUCAGCACUCCGGCCAGUGUGCGUGCACGCAACCGGGGUGUGCUGAGCGUCAGCCGCUUGAACAUGCUGGCGCAGCCGAAGAACCGUGGCUGA